AUGAGACCCAGACGUCGAGUCUGUAAGCCUUUCUCUCUCUCUCUCUCUCUCUAUCUCUCUCUUUCUCACUCUCUCUUUCUCUCUAUCUAUCUAUCUCUCCCGUCUCUCUCCUUUUUGAUGAUAAAAUUUCUGCUACUGCUGCUGCCAUCUAUCUAUCUAUCUAUCUAUCUAUCUAUCUAUCUAUCUAUCUAUGUCCACAUCUAUCUAUCUCAGUCUGUUCAUUUCUCUCUCUCUCGCACUCUCUCUCGCACUCUCUCUCUCUCUAUCUAUCUAUCUAUCUAUCUAUCUAUCUAUCAGUCUGUCCAUUAUCUAUUUCAGCCUGUUCAUCUCUCUCUUUUUCGCUCUCUCUCUCUAUAUAUAUAUAUCUAUUUAUCUCAAUCUGUUCAUAUCUAUCUAUCUAUCUAUCUAUCUAUCUAUCUAUCUAUCUAUCUCAGUCUGUUCAUCUAUCUAUGUAUCUAUCUCAGCUGUUCAUAUCUAUCUAUCUAUCUAUCUAUCUAUCUAUCUAUCUAUCUAUCUAUCUGUUACAUAACUCUCCCCCUUAACUUCCUUGUUAUCCACCCUUUCCCUUCCUUGCUCUCCUCACUUCCCUUCCUUGCUCUCCUUUACCGUCUUUGCUUUCUUCCCUUCUCUUCUUUAAUCUCCUUCUAUCUCUUCCUUAACCUUGUCCUUUCCUUUCCUCAUUAUCCCCCCUUACCUUCUUUGCUAUCCACCCUUUCCCUUCCUUGCUCUCCCCUUCUUUAUACCCCUCCCUUACCAUCUUUGCUUUCUUCCCUUCCCUUCUUUGAUAUCCUCCUUUCUCUUCCUUGA